AUGAAUAAUACUUUGGAGCAAGACAAGGCUGCUGUUGCGUCCCUACCAUUCCAUAAGCUAGUAAAAGACCAGUAUAAUCAGGCCUACAUUGAUGUUUCAGUAUUUGCGGCAGGAUAUCUUGAAAAUCCAAAGAGAAAUGUCGUGAAAACCACCGUGAAUCCUGAGGAACUUGUGAACAUGCCUUCAUUUGUUUUCCUCUUGCGACAUCCAAAUGGCAAGGAGGACCUCGAAAGCUACCCACCAUUUUGCAAAAAGAUUGUUAUGCCGCUGUAUAGAAUCACAAUCGAGAAGGAUGCUCCUGAAAUACUACAAGGAGGUGGUAUCAGUCCUGAUGACAUUGACUCCAUUGUGUACAGGCGGGUAUUUGUCUUGGUUAACGACUCUUACACUGUAAGGGCGAUGAUGACUGAUCCUCAUUCCAAACAUAGCCACUCCCACUUUGAUCAUACUGGAGAUAUAUACAAAUUCCCAAAAUCAAAAUUAUAUGUCGGCGUUGGGAGUAAAGCACAUACAGCAGAGGCCUGGCCAAACAAUCCAAAUGGAUUUCAUAGAGCUGAUGGUAUCAACCUGACUGAUGGCCGCGACUCAAUUGAAGUCAAGAUGCAGCCAGUGCCGUUUGGACCAUUUGAAACUAGCUAUGAUUUCUUUGGCGACGGAAGCUUCUAUCUUGUGGACGCUCGUGGACAUUGUCCAGGACAUUUAUGUGGGGUUGUGAGAGUGGCUGCCAACCAAUUCAUCUUUUUGGGAGGAGACUGUUGCCAUCACCGGGACGUGUUUAUGAAGCUCAACCAGUUUGGAUCGCUUCUUUUGAACGGUCGAGAACUUGGUGUGCAUCAUAACAUUGAAGACGCUUGGCAAACACUACUCAAAGUCAAUCGACUCCACUUGGAGCCCAAUGUCACUAUAUUGAUUGCACAUGAUCCAUAUCUGGUAACUGAGGGGAGUUCAAGCAGCGCUCCAGCAACAUCAAGACGUAGUUCAGGCCAACAACAACAGCAGCAGGCUUUCUCUGGGGGCUCGCUCCGACUAUCCUCUAAAGAGCUGAAACGAAUGUCGCUUCAAUUUGAACAGGAACCUACCACGCCAUCUGGUCGUAAACAGGUUAGAUUUGAUGUACUGGAUUCCAAACAACCUUCGCAAGGAAGAACUCAUUGGCUGGAUGAGCUGCAAGAACGUAAAGGAGAUGUUAUGAAAUGGUUGGAGGAUGUCGGAACCAAGAGAAAAGAAACCAUCACUCAGACUGCUCAGGCUAGCAAGAACUGGCUUAAAGCCUUCUCGAAACGGAAGGAAGAAUCUCCCAAAAGCCCCAAAACUCCUUAUGGUAAACACAGAGACUGCACCAUCUGUGCUCUCCCUAUAGACAAUAUCGAAGACUUGGUACAAACUGCUGGCAGCGCAUACCAUGCCUUUUGUGUCGUCUGUAAAGACUGUAAAGUACCAGUCCAUCCAAACCAAUUCGUGGAAGGACCAGAUGGAACUCCAAUCUUGCUCUGUGAAACCGACUACCAGAACCGUCUGAAAGCAAUCACAGCUGCUAAAAGCCCUAGUAAAACCAGUAAUGUCUUGACAAGAGAAAAGGAUUUGGUCUUUUGUGAAGGAUGUCGAAGACCUAUUACUAGUGAUCCUGUAGAAGUCGAAGAGGAAGGGUCAAAGACGAUUGGAUGCUGGCAUGGAUACUGUGUCAAGCUUGCUAAUGCUUGGGAAAUUCGAUCUAUUACAUAUGUGCCAGUGCCUCGUGGUGUAAACUGGCGUAAAGGUGAUGAUGCCAUUCUGUGGGAGGAACGAUUGGGUGAAGUCUUUACCGCAGUCGAUUCAUUUGAAGCGAGUGUGUUCAAGACUUGCUCGCGGCUGUCUCGAUUCUUGGAUCGCAGUAUCUUGGAUCAAGCUGAGAGAUACGGUACUCGGCUAGUAAGACGUCUAGAUCGGCUGUUUAAACUCUUGGACGAGAUGGGAAAUGAGACUGAUUUGGCUGCUUAUUUCUCUGAAUACGAGAGCUCACGCCACUUGGUAAAAGAGUUUGUAAGCAACUAUCUCAACUUUAUGGGUGCUUUACACGAAUAUCCCGAACAUGUUGAUCGAGAGUAUAUGCAAAUUAUUGCCCAAUCUGCUCGUCAUACCGCUCAGUCUGUAAGGCUGCUAAUUAGAUCCGUCAUUGUGUGGUUCUUGCAGCUUGACUUGCACGACGAUUCUCUCGCCAGCCACAUCUCUACACUGAAAGGAUUGGCUCCGACAUCACCAGUCGUGGCUGAUGAAUUCGAAAGGAGGGAUUCGCGUCGUUUGUCUAUUGACUCUACUGCUACUGGUGCUUCUAUUAUGAGUACUAUAUCCGAUAUGCACACCCUGAAACGCAAUACGCCAUUGACGGGAAGUGCUCCAGCUUUACGAGUCCGUCGAUCCACUGCCGACAUGGACUUUGACAUAAUCCCGGAUGUACCAGCUCUGCCUUCAGACUAUCUAGAAAAGAAGAUGCGACGAUCAAGUAGUUUCUCUGUCGCUUCUGCUCCUUCGGCUAUGAAACGUAGUCAUUCGCCCACUCCACCGGUCGAGUCACGCAGUAGAUCAAGUUUAGAUGCUAGAAAAGGACUGGACAAAUCAGUCAGUUAUGACGAACUACGAUCUAGUGCUGCUGCCGCUCAUGUACCAGCCAUGCAUCGAAUCAUGAGUGAGGAAAUAGUGCUAGUAUCUAAACCCAAGAAGAAGACAUCACCCACUUCUUCUCCACAAUCAUCACCUCGUAGCUCCAUAAUCCAAAUGCCAGCUAUUGAAGAACAUACACCCAACAGUCUCACUUCUAAAGUGUCGUCACAGUCAUUAACUGAUUCAGCUGUAGCGCUAUCUGAAGGAUCGCCCGAACUCAGACCAUAUGUAACUGUAGAAGAAGCUGUAGAAUCGCCACAAUCUGGUAGUAUCGCCUCUAGCACUCACAGUGCUGUAAAUAACAACACUAGCCCCGUCGGCACCAUGAACAUGUCGUCAUCCGCCAUAUCACCUGUAACAAGCAGCCCGAACUCCAUCGUAGCAUCACCAAAGAUGCUGCCCGCAUCAGCCAUUGAUUUAAUGUCACUCUGGGGCCCGAAUGAUGAUGUUAUGCCUAAAAGCAUAGUUAUGACUCCAUCCUUGUUGGAUGCGGGUGCCACUAAAAACACGGUUGCUGCUGGCCCACAAGCCAACAUUCCGGCUAAGAAUGAAAUCACAAAUCCAUCAUCUAUUAAUAGUAGUCCUGGUAUUAUGAGUAGUGAGGAAGCCAUCACCCUCUCAAUUGACGAACUGGUAUUACUGGCUGCUCGUAAUUUACGUAGACCUGAUACGAAGGCUGGUGAAUGGGCUAAUGUGCUCAAGAGCCAUGAUAUAAUGACUGCUGGUGAUUUGGAUUAUCUAGAAGAAGAAGACUGGGAUCGUCUUGGACUGAGUCUUUUGGCUAUUAGAGCUAUACGUAAGGCUCGUCAGCAAUUAGGAACUGGUGCUAGUAGCACUGCCAGCGCUUUCUCAAUGUAG